AUGUUAAGUAAGAAAGAUGUAUUCACAGAAAAUGAUCAAUAUGAUCCAAGUCUAGUUUUAGUAUUCACAGUAGCUUCAUCAUUAAUUUGGAUUAUGGUACCAGGUUUGGCGUUUUUAUAUAGUGGUUUAGCAAGGAGGAAGAGUGCGUUAUCUAUGAUAUGGAUAGUUAUCUGUUCAUCAUUUGUAGGGGUAUUUCAAUGGUAUUUUUGGGGUUAUUCAUUAGCAUUUUCAUCAUCAUCUAAUAAUUUUAUUGGUAAUUUACAAUAUUUUGGUUUUAAAACAAUCAUUGGUGAAGGCGAUAGUUCCGUUGAAUAUCCAAAAAUUGCCUUUUCAAUUUUUCAAAUGCAAUUCAUGUUAGUUACUUUAGCUAUUAUUGCUGGUGCUUUAACUGGUGAAAGAGGUAGAUUCGUACCUGCUUUAGUAUUCAUGUUUUGUUGGGCUACCGCAGUCUAUUGUCCUUUAGUUUAUUGGAUUUGGGGUGGUGGUUGGGCAUCAUCUUGGAAUGGUGGUGCUUUAGAUUAUGCUGGUGGUGGUCCAGUUGAAAUUGCUUCUGGUUUCUCAGCUUUUGUUUAUUCAGCUGUUUUAGGUAGAAGAAAUCAAACUUUAAUGGUUAAUUAUAGACCUCAUAAUAUUUCAACUAUUUUCUUGGGUACCUGUCUUUUAUACUGUGGAUGGUUAUUCUUUAAUGGAUUUAGUUGUGCCAAUGCUUCAAUUAAAGUUCCUUAUUCAAUGUUAAAUACUCAUUUAUCUGCUGGAUUUGGUGCCUUGACUUGGUGUUUAUUAGAUUAUAGAUUAGAAAGAAAAUGGUCAAUGGUUGGUGUUUGUUCUGGUUGUAUUUCCGGUUUAGUUGCUGCUACUCCUGCUAGUGGUAUUAUUCCUUUAUGGGCAUCAGUAAUUUUGGGUAUAGUUAGUGGAAUUGUUUGUAACUUUUCUACUCAAAUUAAAUACCUUUUAAAAGUUGAUGAUUCUUUAGAUGUUUUAGCGGAGCACGGAAUCGCAGGUAUUGUAGGAUUAAUUUUCAAUGGUGUUUUCGGUUCUUCCACUGUCAUUGGAUAUGACGGGGUUACUGAUCAUGCUGGUGGUUGGAUUGAUCAUAAUUGGAAACAAUUAUAUAUUCAAAUUGCCUAUAUUUUAGCAACUGCUGCUUAUUCUUGUGGAGUUACUUUUGUGAUUUGUUUCAUUAUGAAUAAAAUUCCUGGUCUUAACUUAAGAGCAGAUUAUAUUGCUGAAGAAAUGGGUCUUGAUGAAUAUGAAAUUGGUGAAUUUGCUUAUGAUUAUGUUGAAGUAAGAAGAGAUUUCUUAGAUUGGGGGAAUCCAACAGUAAACCCAACUGUUGAUCAUACUAAUAAUGCUUCAAUCAUUGAUGAUCAAAGUCAAAAUAAAGAGAAAACUUCUGACGUUCCUGACGUUGAAGAAGGUGAAAUUAUAGUUUCAAAAGUUUAA